UUAAGAACCGUCGGGUUUGAAGUCUAGCAAAGACGAGAGAGACAAGGGGAUUGUGAAUUGUGAGUUGGUGAAUUCAGGGGAAAGGAAAACGGAUAUCGCUCAGAACAUAAAUUUGAAAUUUGACGAAGGAGAAGCUUUCGCAACAAACCAAUUAUAAAAUGGAAGAAGGCACAGAAAUGACGAAGGAGAAGAUGAGGAUAUUUGUGGGAGGAUUGGGGGAAAGCGUGACGGGCGAUGAUCUGAAGAGGUUGUUCGCGUCUUCGGGAAUGGCAGAGGAAGUGGUCAUUGUGAGGACCAAAGGCCGCAGCUUUGCCUACGUCGACUUCUCUCCCUCUUCCAUUAACUCCCUCUCCAAGCUCUUCAGCACUUAUAAUGGGUGUGUCUGGAAGGGAGGGAGGCUGAGGCUUGAGAAAGCUAAAGAACAUUAUCUUGUUAGUUUGAAACGAGAGUGGGCAGAAAAAGCUGAACUUGCUAGUAGGAGACUUACCAACAGUUAUAAUGCAGAUGAAGACAUGGCCUCCUACGACAAGCCUAAGAAAGUCAUCAAUUCUGAAAGAAAGCAACUUCGGAUUUACUUUCCCAACUUAAGAAAGGUGAAAUUAAUGCCUUUGAGUGGAACUGGCAAACACAAAUACAGUUUCCAACGUGUUGAAGUAGUUCAUUCUCUCCCUAUCCAUUUUUGUGAUUGUGAAGAGCAUUCCAUAUGUCAUCCCACUGCAAAGGAAAAACAAACUUGUGAUCUGGAAACCCGAAGUGAUGGGAUAAGUGAGGAAGAGCUUAACAUAAUGAAUUCAGUGAUGAACAAGCUCUUUGAAAGAGAAAACCUAUUAGAUGCUGUAGGCAGUGGAAAGGGACUGGCCAAAGGAAGAGAUAAUUCCAUCAAAUCUGUUCAUAUGUUGCAAGUUAAUGAGAAUGAAGAAGCUUCUGGAACAGAUGAGGAUAACCUCAUAAUUAAUGUGAUGACUAGGAGAAACAACAGGAUGGGCAGCAACAACAUGAUGGCUUUUAUAGGUGGCCAGGGAAAGGAAAGAAUUUCUGAAAAUAAGGAAUCAGGAUUCAUACGAACUCAAACCUCUAUGGAUGGGCAAAAUCUGAACGUGCUCAAACUGCAGAAAAAUAAUGUUGUACCUCCUUACAAAAAAAGGAAAUCACUUUUCAAUCAAGAAAGUAAUGGAAAUGGACCUCCGCCUGCCAUCCCCAAAGGCAAUGGGGAGUUGAAAACCCCUUCUGAUGAGUCGGCAAUACUCUUGGGAGCUCAACUGGCUGAACCAGAAUCUGGUAUCCAACAAUCAGCAACACUUCCAUCAUUGUCCCGGAAGUCUUCCUGGAGAAAACUUCUCCGUGAUAGGGGCAACAAUUUCAGCAUCUCACAUAUAUUGCCAGGCAUUAGUUCUAGUGAGGAAGAGCAACUAAAAUCAAAUUCCUUUGUGCCCGACUCCACUGUCAGCAAAAAUGACGACUUGGUAAGUCAUGGAGAUCACUUGGAGAGUAAGUUGGGUGAAACAACUAAAGAGGAGCUCGUGGAAACUCAGCCUUCCAGCCAUACUGCACCUUCAACUAAAUCCAGUAGAGGUGCUUCAUGGCUCCAGAAGUCCUCGUGGACACAGUUGGUUGGCGAAAAUAAGAGUAGCUUAUUCAGCAUUGCACAAAUUUUGCCUGAUAUUUCUUAUGGAAAGCAAGUCAUAAUGGAGCUCAAUGAUGUGGUCAUUGUUGAUUCCAACGACAGCAAGCAGAAGGGUCUGGGGAAACAUGAUGAUGGUAAAUCUAUUGGAGAUGAUUCUUUAUCUUUGGAAAUGGGAAAGGAUGAGAGUGUCAUUAGGAGUACUCUAGAGAAGAAUCGACAGACUGUUUUGGGCAAUAGUGAGGCUCCUUGUCGAAUAUCUGAGAAGAAACAUGAUUCAGCAUCAAAGUUGGCGUCUGCUGGGAAUAUUAGUAUAGGAGAAACAUGUUCUUUUAUGAGAAGUGCCACUUCCUUGAAAGAGUGGGCAAAAACCAAGGCUACCAUAAGUGGAUCGAUCCACUCGAGAAAAAGUAGGGAGAAGUAGGUGUUUGAAGGGGACGUUUUUUGACUUCUUGGUAAUCUUGAGGGAAGAAUUGUACCCAGACAACAUUAAGAUGAGCGCCUUUUUAAAUGUUUGCUUGAUUGGGGUUUUACUUCGUA